AUGAGAAAGGUACCACUCUGGAUGCUGAUGUGGGCCAUUCUCGCUGGAUUUGGAGUUUCUCUCGCUCCAUGGCGAGGAUCAAUUGACGUAUCGCCCCUCCCCGAGAGAUCUCUGUUCACCAUAACUGAACCCUCCUUACCCAAAGAAUGUCGCAACCACACCAGCAAAAGUCGAUACGACCCCCUAGCUUGCUGGUUACUGCAUCUAAAGGUCAGUAUUCCGGAUCAGUCUUUUUCCAAGGCCUUUUUGACGAUUGAAAUACGAGACCUUUCCUGCACCAAUUUCGUUGUGGAGGACAUCGACUCGAGUUACGAUCCAAGCAACAGGAAUGCCAGUACGAGCGACCAAAACACGGGGACCGAUCCGCUACUGGAUUUGUCCGUGGCCAACAUUUCUGCGUUGUGCCACGGCUCGUAUAAAUCAUCUGGAGUGGGGGGCAACAUGCAAGCCCAACUCCAAGCCGACGCUGGCUCUACCAAUCCCGCCCUCGCUUGGUCGCUACUGGUCCAGUCAGACCACAACAACAGUGCGGCAUUGAAGCAGCCUGUAGGCGUUGUAAGCUCGCAUUUUGCGGCCACACUGGCCGUCACGGACUUGCACUUUACUGGUAGUGCCUCGGCAAAAAUCAUCAAUCUGUUUUCUACCACUAUCAAACAUUACGUCUCAGACGCGUUGGGCGCCCAAUUGGGACCCUUGAUAAAAUCGUCGGUAGAUCCGUUGCUGACCCAGUACUUACGUAUCGCCGACGAUUUUCUCAGACCAUAUCUGGGACAAGCGCGUGAGCGCACUGCCGAACGGCAAGAAACAGAAUCCUUGAAAGAAGAUCGGGAAUUACCAGAUCAAAGAAGACUGAGCAUGCAACAGUUCGGAACAGUAGCAACGGCUAGUUUAGUGGACUUCACGACCGAACUCCCAGUUCUAACGGGUAGCUUGAAAAUACUCAAUGAAUUUACCCGGGAAUACCUGCAGCAAGGUUUCUUGCAGCAUUGGCUUCCGAGAAAAGUAGUGAAUUAUGCCGUCAGUCCCUUCGAAAUCAGAACCACUGCUCCUGAUGAACACUGUGGGUUUCUAUUUGACGGCGUCAACGGAAUCAUUCAGUCUAUCCUACACAAUACCAACGGUACUAUUCAUCUUCCCGUCCCACCACGAUUGGAAAGGAUUUCGUUUGUCCUCGCACACUACGGGGAGAUCGAGUUACAGCUUCACGAUUGGUCGCUGUCUGGAUUAGACCAGUGGGAAGUGCUGCGAGUAUUAGAUCCUAGGGAUGCGCACGAAUUUGUCACGCGCUUCGUAUCGGUUGGCAAAAUUUCCUUGCGAUCGGACGUCAAACUAAUCGUGACGGGUAUUCCCGGUGGCGUCUUUCAGGGAGACCCAUUGGAAGAGAGUUUUGCGAUCCAUCUUAAUUCAACAGCGUUGGACAUCUUAGCUGUUUUGUCAGCGCAAGUUGAUCGGUUCGGAUUUCAAAAUGUGACGGUGGGAAUGUUUUUGGAUGCUUUGCAAGGACUUUUUGAUGGAGAUCACUCGAGGUUACCGUGUUUGGUAGCCCCCAUUCAGUCAUUGUUCUUAUCCGAAUUUGCGGCACGGCUCAACUUAAAUGGUAUUAGAAUCAUUCCACAGAUGCAAUCAACCCGACAUUUGAAGACGGAGGCGGCUUCCUUGGAACAAGAUCUGGAUGUUCUACUCAACCAUGGAUUAGAUCUCUUCUUGACCGAAUACCAGCCUUUUCUGACACAGGCACUGUAUGGACUGUCCUAUGGCCCAGUGGAGACCCACGUCAACGAAUUUUUGAAAACCAUCGUUACUCACGCCCAAGAUGGAAUUUGCCCACUGCCUCCGUCCGACGAAAGUUAUCCACAACUCGUCAAUUUUACAAGAAUACCGUGGCUGGAACGAUUCCAAGCUUUUUCGCGGCUUCCGUCGACUUUGGAACGUAUAAACGACUUCUUGGUAUGUACAUCCAAUUACUUGACAGGGGCGAUUCUAGAGCAAUUGAGCUCGAGUUUGGAUAGUGGAAUGCCACGCAAGGACGUUGGUUCGUCUGUGAUAAUAAAGGAGCUGGCCGUGUUAGAUGUUGGUAGUGUCCGAGACUUUCGUGUCUUAUCGUCAGAACGCGACGGAAUGCACCUAUACAAUAAAGUCGACUACGGUACAGGCAAUGCUACUUCUGCAUUACCACCGAGACUAGCGGUGUCAGUCGAAGCCACGUACGCUCCCGCGAAUGUUUCGGCUGCUCUCAAUAUCACUAUACAAUUAGACGAUAUGCAUUUGAUGGGUGGUUCCAUUCUACACUAUGACAUCAAUCGACUAAAAGGAAUGCCGAUGGCUCAAGUACUGCGACGUGGCCAGUGUGGAUUGGCGCCAAUGAAUGAGUUUAAUUUGUAUGGAUAUUCUGGGCAGCUCGGAGCAUUUGGAGCAUUACUAAAUGCUACAGUCAACAGCAACGGGUCCAAUACUAUAUUUAUUAUUGGUUCCGAUAAAUAUCCGUCGGUAAACGAGACGGCGUCGGCGAUACUUGCCUGGGUAGUCCGUUCAACGCGAGACAUAUUGAGCCUGUCAUCUGUCUCUAUGCUGGCUCGCGCUGAUGAUUUAUGCAAAGAUUAUUCUAUCCCAGAGAGAAAGCGAAAUGAUGACGCAAACGGCCCACAAGACGAUAUGCCAUCGGCGGCUUCUAUCCUUCUUGUUGUGGCAGCAUGCUUUCUGCUAGCACAACCAGCACUGCUGUUGCUCCACCGCACGCCCGACGCGAUGCCUGACUCCCGAUUAACUGGAGUGUCCUUGACCGAACCGCUUUUGCCCUCAAGACUGACCGAUUCUGAUUGCAUCGAAGAUAUGACUACUGUAGACAGAGUCAAUGAUUCCAUGAUGCACAGCCCGUAUAUCCCUGGACUCGUUCGUGUCGUUGUGCCGAUUGGUAUCAUUGGGACCAUUGUGUUGCUUCUAGCGAGCAACCUAAGCAUUGGAGCAAACGUUGACCUAGUUAUUUCGCUUGGUGACAAAACCAUUCAGCUACCGUCGCUUUUCACCUUUGGUCUAUUAAACACAGCGAGAGACAUGCUGAAGGCCAGAAUUUACCCGCUCUUUCUUUUGGUGGUUGUGUUCAGUGGAAUAUGGCCAUACGUGAAGCUUGUACUCAUGUUUGUUGCAUGGGUUGUACCCAAGGCCUCGCUUUCUCCUGAUUUUCGAGGUAGAAUGUUGAUGGCAUUGGACUCCCUGGGAAAGUUUUCCUUAGUGGACACUUACGUUCUAGUUUUGAUGCUGGUUGCCUUUCGGUACCAUUUGGAUGUGACGAACGAAGUUGAAGUUGACGUCUACGUUUCUCCGGGCUUUGGAUUUUACGGAUUUUUGCUAGCAACCAGCCUUUCUCUAAUCGCGGGCCACUUGCUGGUUUUCUUUCAUCGACGCUGUGAAAUUCAUUUGGUGAAUUUGAAAACAAUUAUGCCGUUGGAGCCACUUUGCGAGCAUUUGUUCAAUGUCGAGGGAGGAUUGAGUCGGAAACUUUCAGGAUUAUGUCAGCGUCUCUUACUAGGAACUUCCUUCGCAACAAUCAUUCUAUUGGGCGUGGGAGUGGCCCGAAAGAGUUUUCAAUUCGAAUUUGACGGUUUGGCUGGGCUAGCUUUGGGGGAUAAGAAGAUAGCGGAAUACUCGCUCCUUUCGCUGGGAUCAUCAAUCCCAAUGAGUGCACAAGAGCCACUUUCGAUCGGUAUAAGAUGUCUUCAGUUGGCGUUUUACUUUUAUGCAGUUGUGACGCCCUUUGUGUGCCUCACACUUUUGACCAUUUUGUUUGUAUGGCCGCUGAGUCUACAGCGGCAGCUCCUUGUCCUAACGCUGGCCGAGAUAGCCAACGCCUGGAGCGCGAUCGAAGUCUUCGCAUUGUCGAUAGUGGCCGCUCUGCUGCAAAUUUCAACCUUCUCUUCUUUCAUCAUUGGACACCGUUGUGAUUUGAUCAAUGAUAUUCUCAAGGAGUACUUUGCUGAGACGGACACUGACCACGCCACAUGUUAUACCGUCAGAUCAACUGUGAAAUGGGACGCCGCCUUUUUGGUGGCUGGCGUUCUUUUGAAUUCUCUAGUAGUUUCCUUGACUUUACGGGUGGCGCAUGCGGCCGUUGACGAGCGACAAGUUCACGAAAGUGCAUUACAGAUGGACUCUCCUUUAAGUGGAUCGAGGCCACCGCGUCACAGUAUCGUGGCAGGCUGGGCUCAAUCACCCUGGACAUCUUGGAUGCUGCAACGACCAACCAACGAAGAAAAUUCCUCGCACGUAAGUAGCGUUGUUGGACCGCCGGCCAAUGCACUGGUGGAGCCUUCGUCUCCGUGGAAGCAGAACGGAUUUACGGACGAAUGGAAAGAAGCGGCGGAACGCGAUCCAGCAUGGAAAGAAUGGAAAGAAGCUACCAAUGUUACCUAAAUCUACUAACUGUAAAUGAGCAAAGCGGACCUGGCUUUGAUGAUACUUAUAGUUUAAUGUUAGCUCUAUGUGGGCUAGCCGUGGGUUGGAAAAGU